GAGGGAGAUCGGCGGGCUGCAGCGAAGAGGGGAGGUGGACGUAGGGGCGGCGGCCGGCCAUGAUAGCGUCGUGCCUGUGUUACCUGCUGCUGCCGGCCGCGCGCCUCUUCCGCGCCCUCGCAGAUGCCUUCUUCACAUGUCGGAAAAAUGCCCUCUUGGCGAAGAGAUCGGCCCCCCAGGUAGAGGGUGACUUUGCCAUGGCCCCUCAGGGCCCGGACCAGGAAGAGUGUGAGGGCCUGUUGCAGCAGUGGCGAGAAGAAGGGUCAAGCCAGGUGCUCUCGACUGUGAGCGAGGGUCCCCUAGUAGAUAAGGGACUAGCUCAGAGCAGCCUGGCACUCCUGAUGGAUAAUCCUGGAGAACAGGAGGCUGCUUCCGAGGACAAGUGGUCCAGCAGGCAGCUGAGUGACCUGCAGGCAGCAGAGAACCUGGAGGAGCCUUCUCCUGAGGUCCUAGGAGAGGAGCCACUGCCAGAGGUUGAGGUCCCAAUGUGGGCAGGUGUCCACAUGCAGACAGGUCCUCAGUAUGCAGACUGUGCUGUCCUCCCAGUGGGAGCCCUGGCUGCAGAGGAGUGGGAAGAGGACCCUGCAGUGCUUGCCUGGAGCAUGGCACCUGAGCCUAUGUCCCAGGAAGAGGCGCCCAUCUGGUCCUUUGAGAGCCUGGGGCAUUUGCAGCCUCCCCCAAUAGAAAUUCCUUAUCAUGAAAUCUUGUGGCGAGAAUGGGAAGAUUUCUCCACUCAGCUGGAUGCUCAGGGCCUGGAGGCAGGGGAUGGCCCUCAGUUCCAGUUCACUCUGAUGUCCUAUAACAUCCUGGCCCAGGACCUGAUGCAGCAGAGCUCUGAGCUCUACCUGCAUUGCCACCCGGACAUCCUCAGUUGGAACUAUCGCUUUGCGAACCUCAUGCAGGAAUUCCAGCACUGGGACCCUGAUAUCCUGUGUCUCCAGGAAGUGCAGGAAGAUCAUUACUGGGAGCAGCUGGAGCCCUCUCUGCGAAUGAUGGGCUUUACCUGUUUCUACAAGAGGAGGACCGGGUGUAAAACGGAUGGCUGUGCUGUCUGCUACAAGCCUACGAGAUUCCGUCUGCUUUGCGCCAGCCCUGUGGAGUACUUCCGGCCUGGCUUGGAGCUUCUCAAUCGGGAUAACGUGGGCUUAGUGUUGCUGCUGCAGCCACUAGUCCCAGAAGGCCUGGGGCAAGUCUCAGUGGCCCCAUUAUGUGUGGCAAAUACCCACAUCCUGUACAACCCACGCCGGGGUGAUGUCAAGUUGGCCCAGAUGGCCAUUCUCUUGGCUGAAGUGGACAAGGUGGCUAGGUUGUCAGAUGGCAGCCACUGCCCCAUCAUCUUGUGUGGGGACCUGAAUUCUGUCCCUGAUUCACCUCUCUACAACUUCAUCAGGGACGGAGAGCUCCAAUACCACGGGAUGCCGGCCUGGAAGGUAUCUGGACAGGAAGACUUCUCCCAUCAGCUUUACCAGAGGAAGCUGCAGGCCCCACUAUGGCCCAGCGCUCUGGGCAUCACUGAUGGUUGUCAGUAUGUCUCCUCUUGUCAUCCCAAGAGAUCAGAGAGACGUAAGUAUAGCCGAGACUUCCUGCUACGUUUCCGCUUCUGCAGCAUUGCCUGUCAGCGCCCGCUAGGACUGGUUCUUAUGGAAGGAGUGACAGAUGCUAAACCAGAACAACCUGCUGGCUGGGCCGAGUUUGUUCUUGAGGAAGACACAUUUGAGCCCGAGCCUGUCUUCCCAAGGACCGCAGGCACCAUCCAGCACUGCCUCCACCUGACCUCGGUGUACACUCAUUUCCUGCCCCAGCAUGGCCGCCCAGAGGUCACCACAAUGCCCCUGGGUAUUGGAACAACAGUGGAUUACAUCUUCUUCUCAGCCGAGUCCUGGGAGAAUGGGAACAGGACUGAUCGCAGGCUGUAUCGAGACAGAACUCUGAAGCUCCUGGGCCGUCUCUCCCUCCUCUCGGAAGAGAUUCUCUGGGCUGCCAAUGGCCUCCCCAACCCCUUCUGCUCUUCAGACCACCUCUGCCUGCUAGCCAGCUUCGGGAUGGAAGUCACCGCCCCAUGACGGGGCUCCCAGGGGAAGAGAGCCGCUCUUCCAGAAGAGCUCACUGGAUCAGAGACUGUGGAAAUAUCCCCUGCUUCUGGAAACUUAGAUCCAAGAAACUUCCAUCCCCUCCCCCAUCCUUGUUCCCUUUCUCCCGUGGUUAGAUUUUCUCUGGGCCUGUCCAUGUUCUCUGCCAGUGGUCCCUUCCCCACCCCAACCUCUUCCUAAUCCUGUGCCACAUACUUGGUGGCCCUGGGAGAGGCAGAAGGGGGGUUCCCCCUUCCUUCCAUGUAUCCAGCACUCCUCUUGAUUUUUAAUUACCAGGGUUGUGGGAGCUAUUGAUCUCAUUGGUUAUUUGCUUUCAGGCUGUUUCUUGGUGGUACUUUCUGAUCCGACCUCCUCCCUGCCUUCACAACCUCUGGGCCCAGCCCUCUUGCCGGCACACACGUGGGAGAUGUGUACAUGUGUAUACCCUCUCAAGGCGGGGCUACUCUGAGUGGCCAUGCUUGCCUCUGAGCAGCCUGCUUUGCACACGGGCCGUCGGCCUAGGGGCAGGCCGAGAGCAGACCCAGUGUCUGCGCUGCCAGGCAGGCGGUAGCAGGGGCUUGGGACCUUCUCCUUUUAUCCUGUUUCAUCAGGUGUUCAUCAUGCCAACCAGGGCACACUCAUCAUCUGAGCUCUGGGAACGAAUGGGUCCCACAGCCAGGAGCAGCAAAUUCGGGGAUGCCCUCCCUGCCCCGGAGGCCUCCGCGCCUCCAGCCCAGCUCCCCACGGGCCCGCUAUGCUUUCACUCGGGCUGGUUCCUUUCCCAGGCUGCCCUGAGGAGGGCCAAAGUUGUGUGGGGUCGGUGGGCUGGGACAGUGAUUUAAGUUUUAAACUCUUUAAGGGUUAGGAGGAAGAACCUUCAGGACUCUGCCGCCCCCAGAACUGGGGCGAGGGUGGGGGUCCCAGUAAGGAAAGAAGAGGCAGGCUCUGCAGCUGCCUCAGCUGGGCUCAGGGCCCCAGGGCCUUGUUCUCUUUCCUCCCACCACUCUUCACCUUGACCUGCCUCCCUCGUUCCCUUCCAUUUCUCCCUAGAAAAGCCUGCCAUGUAGGUCAGGCCAAACCUCACAGAAAGGUGGCCUUGGGCAAAAGUGAGGAGUUGUCCGGCCAGCAAGGUCUCAGCUGCUCGUGGCCUCUGCUUUCCCUCACCUAGCGCCGGGGUACCGCCCACUCGGGGCGUCCGUGCUCACACGUGUCACCUGCAUGCCUUAAUCUCUCGUUGCUGGGGUGGCCCCCGUGUUCCUGGGCCAGCUGUUGCUCAUAUCCCUUAACUCAGAGUAGCCGCUGGUCCUGGUUGAUUGGACUUGCCGUUGCCCCACACGGCCUCCAGAACAGGACUGAAGGUCAAUGGUCUCUUCCCCCUGUUUUGAAAGCCAAAGACCCAGCUUGAAUUCUUCUGUUGUGUUCAUGACUAUAAACUUUCCACACUAGGUUCUGGGAAAUUCCUCUGUGUGUGUAUUUUUAAACAUUGUUUCCUGGGUACUGGGCAUGUGCCUGUCUGAGCCCCAGGCCUGUCUGUCCAUACCCCACCAUUCCCUUUGUUCGCCUCUCUGUGGGCACCUCCUGAGAUGACCUGUUGUUUUCUAAGACAAUGGCCUGUCACUGUUCUCCUGUGCCAGGAAAUGCAGUUUAAAAAUGGCUGAAGGUGGCAGAGGGCAGGUAGCCUGAUAGAUAAAUCGUUUUUGUUUUGUUUUCUUAUUUGUUUCUGUUUUGGAAACAAAAUGGGGGUUUCAACUGGUCAUU